CCUCAUCUGAUAUUGGGAAGCACCUGUCUUCUCUUGGGUUACAUGGUGAACAAGGCAUGUACGAUAUGGCAUUCAAGUUGAGGUUACUCAAUGUUAACGAGUGGCUAAAUGACCCAGAACCAUACAGGCUAUUUCUGCUAAACGGAGAAUCGCUAGAAGAUCAAGCAAAUGCCUUUUUAAAUGAUGGAUAUUUCAAUGCAGCUAUUGGAAAUAUCAUGGUUCUAGGAAUGGCAAAUAUUUUGAAAAUGCCAAUAGUGUUAUUGUCCCAAAUGCAAAAUUUCCCUGUGGUCCCUGUUUCACCAACUAAAGGUACAGUGAUAAGUACACCACUCUAUCUAGCCUUCGAUCGAUCUGGUCUUGGCCAUUAUGAUGCUAUUGCUAUGCUUUUGGCGUCGAUGCUGUAAUGUUCAAGCUCCCUAAUCGGCAACACCACUGUAAAACUAUUCGACAGCUUCGAAGAACAUGGCAAUUUCUUUGUAAUUGGCCUGGCGCCAUCAGGUGCAGAAAAAACGCCAGCAUGCAACAUCGGUUGUGUGAGUCCGCUAAUUUCACACCUGGAGCCACGUGUCGAGAGGAGUCUCCUCGUCGAUGAAACGUCCUCUAACGGACUUUUCAAUCACUAUGUAAGCCAGCAAAGCCCGACCGGAGACCAUGUGACACUACUCUGCAUAGACGAAGGUUAUACCUUCUUGAUCAAGCUUACAUCGACAUCGAAAUCGUCAUCGCAAACUACUCUCACCAUGGAAAGAAUGUACAAACUGUACGACGGGGACUAUUGGUAUUGUGUGAAGGGCAAGGGGAAACGUGUCGGUAUCCCAAGCGCAAGGAUGGGAAUGGUAACAUUCACAACACCACGAAGGUUCCUGACAGAGAUCUGGCCAAAGAUGAUUUCUUGUAGAAAUGGCCUGGUCGACCGGAUUUUAAUUUGGUACCAGGAAAACCAGGAUCGUGAUAUCGAGGUGAUGGAGGAGAAUUGCACACUUCUCAAAGAAUGUGCGGUGAAGUCACUUGGGACUGUGUAUGAAAAACUCUACAACGACCACCACCAAGAACAUCCAGUAGAGUAUCUACUAAGUGCUUCUGCCAGGGAGCGCUAUUACAAAUACUGCAAACAGAAGAGCAGUGGAGCAGAAGCUGCAGGGGGUUUCAGUCCCGAAUGCAAUGCAAAGGCGGGGAAAAAUGCAAUCAGACUGGCCCUGGCACUUCACGUGCUUUGGCAUAGGCUAGGUGCGGCACUGGAUCGGCUGGCAGGACCAACUCCACAAGUAAUCUCAAAUACUACCAUGGGCUAUGCUUUGACACUACAUGACACCAUGCUGCAGUUUGGAGGCAUUGCUGAAGCGUCUUUGCAGUUGAAAAAAGGGGCAAGUAUAAGGAUGUCUAUUUCAGAGCAGGAUGUGAAGCACAGAAUCCUUACCACCCCAGGGCCUUACAGCAACUGUAAAAGGAUUUACAGUCAUUUCUCUUCAACGGCAAGGCCAUCGCCACAAAAGGUUGAAGAGUAUAUGUCAGAUUUAAAGGCUGCACAACUGGGCACCAUCAAAAAGGUUGGCAGGAUGACUGUCUUUUACAAAGAAUUACCGUCUGUCCUCCAGCACAGAGAGCAUGAGCUGGGUAAUUUCAAUAUUGCUAUUAAUGAAUACAAGGGGCAGUUUUUAGCUAGUGAUGAUCUGCUGACAUCUCUGCAAAAGCAGUCCAUGCUGGGAAAUCACCCCCAGACAAAUGAUGUUAAGACCAAAAUGUUGACCUAGAUGACUAGACAGUACCUUCUGUUGUUAAUAUUUUAGAGACCAAAAUGUUGACCUAGAUGACUAGACAGUACCUUCUGAUGUUAAUAUUUUAGAGACCAAAAUGUUGACCUAGAUGACUAGACAGUACCUUCUGAUGUUAAUAUUUUAGAGACCAAAAUGUUGACCUAGAUGACUAGACAGUACCUUCUGAUGUUAAUAUUUUAGAGACCAAAAUGUUGACCUAGAUGACUAGACAGUACCUUCUGAUGUUAAUAUUUUAGAGACCAAAA